AUGGAUAUGAUUUCGAGCACCUUGGAGAUACGCGAUCGUCGAGGAAAAAAGAUGCGUCUAGCCAAUCCCUUCAAGAAGGCGCGUUCCCGAGAUCAGUCUCCAGAAGUUGUCUCUGCUCUUGCCGGAGGAGGAGGCUCCCUCAGUCUGACAAGUGGUGGCGGCUCCAGUGGUCCGGGUGUUCUUGGUAGUCCAGGUAGCAGCCUUGCUGGGGCAGGUAUUCGCGCUGGACGUCUACCUGGUGAAGUUGGCAGCAUGGUGUCGGGAAGUGGAGGUGGUGGUGGGCUACAGAGUAAUGGUACUUCUGGCGGCCCUUCAAAUGCUUUGACUGACGGUUCAACUCUUGGUGGUGGUAGCGCCCGUGGAGGCGUUUCCACCUUGGCUGGUGGAGUCGGAGGUGCAAGCACAGGUGGCACAAAGCUGGGUGGUUACAUAUUCGACGACGUUGAGAUAUUGCCCGAGAUGGCUGCUCGCGAAAAUCAGCUUGCCGACCAUAUCGAUGAGUUCUCCUUUACUGUUGUUGUCCUGCCUGGCCAGGAUCCAGGAUUCGUCCAUCUAGGCUGGGUAACCACACGAUUUAAGCUCUCUUGCUCCGCUGUCGUUAGCAGUUGCACACCUUUUGAUUCGGAGAUGGAAACUGGCAACAUCUCUCAAGGAUCCAUCACUAAUCCACCCGGUAUACCUACGAGUGCCCCAAGCAGCACUGGGGGUGCUACUGGACCUACUAGCUUUGGCUAUAGCGAGACGCUUGAAGUGCGACAAGCUGCCGUCUGUCUUCUUGAGUCCGAUUUAACCUUAAAGUCGGCUGUUGCCGAACGAUCCAGCUUUAUGGUGCAUGUAGGCGAUCUGCUAGCUCGAAUCGGCACGCCCGAAGAUAUGGCGAAAAGAAUGAGUCAGGGUCUCUCGAUCACCUGCUGGGUGGAUACUGCAACCGGUACUCUUGGCUUCGAAAUAAACGGUCGAGAGACUGGUAUUCGUUAUCAGUUCUUUAGCUAG